UAAAUAUGUCAAAUGACCUUGCUAGUUUGUAAACAAUACAUUGAAGUGUAAUACAAAUUAUCUAAUUUCCUUGUUAUUUGUGCCCAUAUAUAAAAACAUCAUUACUCUUCAAGUGACAAAGCGGAAGCGUAAAAGUGAAAAAAUGAAUAUAGACUUUGAAACUAUGGCUGUUUUAGAGGAGGAGUCACAAAAUGAAUCACACGCGGGAGUAUUUGGUUCCACGGCGGGAGUAUUUGAUUCCACGGCAGGAGGUGAGGGAGGGGAGCGCCGAGAGGGAGGAAAGCGCGGCCGCCGACCGGGCAGAAAGGCGCAGCUCGACAAACAAGAUAUGAAGGCCAAGCUGGGUAAGAUUGAGCGCAGCCGCCAAUCGGCGCGGGAGUGUCGAGCACGUAAGAAGCUUCGCUAUCAAUAUCUAGAAGAACUGGUAGCCGACAGGGAACGCUCCGUGCUCACGCUCAGAAAAGAAUUGGAUAAGUAUUACAAAUGGAAUCUCGAGCUAGACCAGGGUCGUAUGCCUGAAGGUCUGGAAACUAUGCUGCAAGAAAUGGGGCUUGUGAAGCAGGAAGAUGCCAAACCUUUCUAAUUAUUACUUACUUGGUAUAAUUUUAUAUUACUUUUUUAAAGCCCUUUCAUAUAUUAUGUUGUGCUUAAUGUUUUUAUUUAGUUCCUAACUUUUAGUUAUAAUUUUAAAGUUGUAUUAAUAUUGUUUAAUGUUAAAAUAUGUUGAUCAUUCUUUAUGUCAAAUAUUAUUUAUAUGAAUUAUUACAUUUACUACUACAUCCAAAUUGGUCUCACUCUUUCUAUUUUAUACAUUAUUUUGUUACCAUCAAUUAUGUAUUUUUACUUAAAAACAAUUCGAGCUAUUUAAUGUUAAUUGCAUAUUUAUUCCCAAAUUGUUGAUUAAUUUGCACCUAUCCAGAUUUUCACUAAUUAUUAAUAGGUGUUUAUAAAUAGGCAAGUAAUUGCAUUUGAUGUGAAAUAUUUAACAAGUUGUUGUUGCGUAGUGAACUAUCGAUGGCCUAUAACUCUUCUGUCCUAUUACAUUCAUAAUAGAUUAUCAUGCUGAAUUGUUGUUUAUUUGCCGAUUACACGGAUGGUAAGUAGAUUUAAUCUUUCUCUAUUAUUCGUAUAUUGUACCUGAGAUUAGUCUUACACGAAAUAAAAACCAUUUAUUUUAUUUAAAAAAAUAAACACAUGAAACAUAACUUGUAUGUUAUUUCACAAUGAUUAACUCAUCAAAAUUAAUUUCAUUUAUAAUAUAAUCUUUGGUGAAUAUUCCGUUUAUUCUUUCGAAUUUAUCAUUAAAUAGUUUUGAAAUCUUUAUACAGUUACAGUACAUUUUAAAAUUCAAUUUGCGCAGUAGUAACGAAAUAAUGUUAUUCGAUAUUUCGCUAUGAAUGUUUAUGUAUUAUUAUACUAAUAUUAUAGUUUUUGGGAGCUUAAUGUGGUAUAAAAUAUCACCGUAAUGUCGUAACUUAAGUCAUUAGGGGUCAUUCAUAAAUUACGUCACACAUUUAGGGAUGCUGUCACAUAAUGUCAUAUUUAGUGAAAUUAUGUGACAAGGCCUGGAAGGCCAUAAAUUUCAAAUUUAAUAAUAAAUAUUUUGAACGACAAUAAAACGAACUUCAAAACUUAUUUGUUUCCCGAUCUAAUAAUUUCUGUUUGUAAUAUUAUAAAACAGGUGACAUCAGAAUAGAUCAGGGGAGUCGCAUAAAUGUGACAAGG